AUGACAUCCAAUUGGACUGAAGACAUACUAAAAGAAUUGAACCUACGAGAUGAAAAAGAGAAACAGAAUUCAUCUUAUUUUAUAGCAUUCAGCCAACUAUCCCAGAAACUAACUAACAAAGGCACCGGACACCGACCAACCAUAUCAUCAUCAUCAACUGAUUCAUCAGUACCACCAUCGUCAGGAUCAUCUUCAUCAGACUCGCCGUCUCCUUCACUUACUGCUCCUGUAUCCAAACAAAAUCAAUCUACUACAGCUAUCAUUGAUGAGUUUACAUUAAAAGAAAAUCAAACGUUGAAAAUGGAGAACAAUGAACUAAUUCAAAGCUUGAAUCAAUCAACUAUAACGAAUGAAAAGCUAGAAUCAAUAAUUCAACAACAAUCAAAUAUUAUUAAAUCUCUAGAGAGUAAAAAUACCAAGUUGAAGAAUAAAAUAGAUGGAAUGGUACUAGAGAUCAAAGAAAAGAAUAAAACAAUUGAGUUGAUUAAUGAUGAAAUAUUAACUAAUCAAAUUCAGUUCAAUGUUAUGCGAGACAAACUUGAAAAGCUAGAGAAACAGUAA